AACAGAGUAUAGAAGAUAACCCAUCAUCCUUUUCUUCCUUUUCCACCGAUUCCCUCUUCAAACCCAGCUUUUUGAACUACUCUUUCAAUAAUGGCAGAUGUUAAUCAUGAUCAUGCUUCCAGCAACCCUGAUCCAGUUCAACCCGCUGAGCAAGGGCCGGUCGGAGCAAUAGUCACCGAGACGGAAACACCCGUUAAAUCUUCCACCACUCUCGAAGAGGUGAUUGAAUCAGAAAAGCCUAGUUUGACUCAUCCCCAUAAGAUAACUGGAUCUACCGUCUCUUUCAAGGAAGAGAGCAACGUAGUAUCAGAUCUAUCUGAUUCCGAAAGAAAAUCUCUUUCAGAAUUCAAACAGCUGGUUCAAGAAGCUAUAGAUAAGCACGAAUUCUCUGACCCGUCUGAAGAAGUUACAAUAUGGGGGAUUCCUCUUUUGAAAGACGAAAGAAGCGACGUGAUUCUGCUGAAGUUUCUCCGGGCAAGGGAUUUCAAAGUGAAGGAUGCGUACGUUAUGCUGAAAAACACAUUAAGAUGGAGGAAGACAUUUGGAAUCGAUAAUUUGAUCGAUGAAAACCUUGGAGAUGACAUUGAUAAGGUUGUGUUCAUGCACGGAUUCGAUAAGGAGGGACAUCCUGUUUGUUACAAUGUUUAUGGUGAGUUUCAGAAUAAGGAAUUGUAUCAAAGGACCUUUGCUGAUGCUGAGAAGAGGAUGAAGUUCUUGAAAUGGAGGAUUCAGUUCCUGGAAAGAAGCAUUAGGAAAUUCGAUUUUCAAUCUGGAGGGGUUUGUACCAUUUUUCAGAUCAGUGAUUUGAAGAACUCACCUGGGCCAGCGAAAAGGGAGCUGCGGUUGGCCACCAGUGAAGCUUUGGAAUUGCUUCAGGAUAACUAUCCUGAGUUUGUUGCCAAACAGGUGUUCAUCAAUGUUCCAUGGUGGUAUCUGGCUUUCUAUACAAUGAUCAGUCCUUUCCUAACCCAGAGGACCAAAAGCAAGUUUGUCUUUGCAGGACCUUCAAAAACUGCAGAAACCCUUUUCAAAUACAUAUCACCAGAGCAAGUACCAAUACAAUAUGGCGGUUUAGGUGUUGAUUUAUGUGAAUGCAAUCCCGAAUUUACAACAGAUGAUCCAGCCACCAUUAUCGACAUUAAACCUGGCACAAAGCAAACAGUGGAGAUCCAAGUCAAUGAGAAAUGCAUUCUGAUUUGGGAGUUAAGAGUUGUGGGGUGGGAAGUGAACUACAGUGCAGAAUAUGUGCCCAAUGCUGGAUAUACAGUGCUCAUUCAGAAACCGAAAAAGAUGUCAGCCACCGACGAACCUGUUCUAUCGCAAAGCUUCAAAAUAACUGAACUUGGAAAAAUACUUAUUGCUGUCGACAACCCAACGACUAAAAAGAAACAGCUUAUUUACAGGUUCGAUGUUCGUCCUUUUUGUGAGUGAAGGAAAGUUUUCAACCAUCAUGAGAGAUAGAGAGAUUUCUUUGUUUUUUGUUCUUUGUUCUUUGUAGCUAGAUAAUGAAGAUGAAUUCUUUCAAAUUUCUGUGUGUUUGUUUUUGGGAUAUACUUUUGUUUGUUUGUACAUUUUGCUUGUUGAGAAUUUUUUGUUA